CCUUCCCUACGUCCCGUCAUCAGGCAGGAGGAAUAAAGAGCCGACAUCAAGGUCAGAGCAAAUCCUUCAGAUUUUAAGUACGUCACCCAGUCAAGAUGAAGAUGUUCCCCAUCGCCGUCGUGGCGUUCAUCCGUGUUCAGGAGAGCGACGCUGUUCCAGCUGCUGAGAGCUCUGAUCUGGUGGAGCUGCAGACGGAUUACGGCGUACUCGUUUUGGAUCAAGAUAUACCCGAGGACGCAAUGGAUACGCCGUACGAAUCAGUCCAGCUGCGCGGUCGCCGUCGUUUCUGCUGCGGCCCCAACAUGGUUGGCUGUGGAACCUGCUGCAAGUUCUGAGGACGUCCUGCUGCCGCCGUAGCAACAACAUGAACGUAUAAAAAGCAACACAGCAUACUUAUUGCACAAGUUUUCAACCUGUUAGCACAUUUUCACAAGGUGUCAGAGGAUUAUGUGUGAUUGCAACACAAGGUAUUUAUUUUUACUUAAUCUCUUUGUUUGAGAUGAGCUGAUAUUACAAUUGUAUUUGAAAACAAUCGAUUUAUUUAUUUAUCACAAUAAAUGAUAUCAAACUUC